AAUAAAAGGGAGAACAUACAAUUCCCAAAAAGAGGAAAAGGCAGGUCAAAAAGUAGAAGAAAAAGAAGAAGAAAGAGAAUAGAAAGGAGAACGAGAAGAAAAGGGAGAAACAUACCCCUUCUAAAAGUACCCUGAUGCUGAGACCAUGUUCAUGACGGGGCUCGUCUCCAUCACUCAUCUCCUUUCCUCCAGCAUCCCGAGUCUCACCGGAGCAUCCCACAAUGCAGCGGGAGGAGACGAGAGCAAAGCAGGCCUGGGGAUGGACGCCUCCGGGAUGUCCCCGUCGGGGGCCUCCCUGCCCCCCUGCACGCCCUCCGACGAGGAGCGGCCGGGCUCGGCGCUGAGCACGGCGUCCAGGACCUCCCGCAUCCCCGUGCUGUCCCGCUCCGCCUCGCUCAGGAUCAAGGGCUCCUCCGCGCAGGCGGCCGAGGCCAGGCCCAGAGGCGACUCCCGCUCGGGGGCGCCGUCCGCCAGGGGCAUCGUCAGGUCCGCCAGCUUCGUCAGCAGCCGCGGCAUGGGUCGCUGACGUCCCCCUGCCGCUCCUCC